AUGAAAAGAAAAUUAUAUUUUCACAAAAAACAAUUAAUUCAAACAAAUUCAAAUAAUAAUAUUAAACAACCAAGAAAAUAUUUAAGUUAUAAAAAUAAUAUAGCUAAAGUAUAUGAAGUAAAUACUCAUGGAAAAUUUACAAUAAUAAUUCGUAGAUCAUUUAUUCAAUUACCUAUUCAUUCAACAACAAAUAUGAAUCCAUGUUAUUCAUAUGAUUUAUUAUCUCGAUGUGAUUCAAAACUAUUUUUACAAUCAAAUUUAAAUAAUAAUCAUUAUUUAGUUCGAAAUAGAAAAGGAAAAACAUGGAGAUCGAUGUAUGAAAAAUCGAAUACAGAGACAGAAUCAUCGACAUUUAUUGUUCAUAGAUCUACAACACAACAUCAGAAUGAUCAUAAGAAAUAUUCAUCUUGUAAUUUUUACAUAGUAUAUUAA